AGGUGAGUCAUCUGCGCAUGCCCGAUCUCGUCAGUCUUAUUUGCAUUAGGAAACGGGGGGCCAGCCACUUGUCAUGCUGUCUUUCUGCACAGCUGUACUGUGUGCGUUGGUGUAUGUAGCUGCAACCAACAUACAAGCAGACUGCAUUGCUCUACGCAGAUCUUCACCAUCGCACAGGGCGGAUGGAAGCAAAGGGUUGCGCUUCCCCUAUGGUCUGGAGGGACGCUCGCCGCCGCUUCUACUGGUCGGUGCGCGCAAAGGUUGCAUGGUCGGCCGCGAUGGCCGAACUCGCGGAAGCUAGCCCGGAGUCUACGGAGGAGUACCGCUCUACGCUUUUGAUGAGAUUAAGGUCGCUCGAAGACUUCAGCGAUCGCCGUGUCAUGUCUAAGGCUCUCGAAGCCCUCGACCUGACCGCGACGCUGGCGCAGCUGAAGGCUGACCAUCUCAUGCGCCGCAUGCUAGCGUUGGCUCACGAAGACCGCAAGGCAACCAUCGACGGUCUCGUCCGUCUGGUAGACAGCCUUGCUGAUGACGAAAAGGCGACGCUUAUCACGGCACUGCAUAACGCUGGACGCUCUCCAGGGCCUCCCUCGUACUCUUAACGUAUCUGCUUCAUCCUAGAUGCCUCUGACGACCUCGCAUGCGUUUCUGUUAUCGGAUUCCAUAUUGUAACGCUAGAUCGACGUGACCACUGUCUCACUAUAACCAGC